AAAUCUCAGUAACGUGAGAGAAAAAUGACAUCUGUUAUAUGAUAAUUUCGAAAAUCGAAAUUGUUUAUACAUAUCGUUCUAGUAAAGUCGUGGCAAGUGAUACGACUUCACUAUUCUUCGCCAUGCUCUUCUUCACUUUGUUUGCUUGGGCUCUGCCACUAGCAGUGCUGUCCCUGAAAUAUGAGUGUCCUGAACCUGAGGAUAUCUAUCCUUGCUACUGCGAAGAGGAAGAUGAUGGUGAACCAAACCUAUUUUGCAACCACUUUCACAAAACGGAUCAACUUGAAACAGCUAAAAAGGGCUUGGCUGGGCACAGAAUGUACAAAUUGUCUUUCUUCAUGAAUUGGAUCCUUGAUCCAGUGAAAUCAGAUGCUUUUAAAGGCAUUUCUGUGGAAAAGAUUGUGUUUGAAAACUCCACAAUCACUUUAAAUCCUCCUCAGUUCGAAGGGUUGGAAGGUCACUUAAAAACUAUUCAGCUUCGAGCUAUCUUUAACAAAACCAACCCUGUUGGUUCGUGGUCUUUGGGUCACUUGACAAAAUUGAAGGAGCUGGUCUUAGACAAAAACAAAAUAUUCACUUUGCCUACUAACUGGCUUACCAGCGCUCCAGAUUCCUUAUCAUCGUUGACUUUCGAAUAUAAUGAUAUCAUUACGAUGGAAGACGAAGUAUUUGCAAAAGUAAAAGGUUUAGUUUUCCUUGUCUUGGAUUCGAACAAAUUGACGUCGUUAAAAAGGAACAUGUUUCCAUCGCCAGCGAAACGUCUACGUUCAAUGAGCCUUAAUUAUAAUAAGUUCAGAUAUCUUCCUCACGAUUUGUUCACCGAUAUGCCAGAGCUUCGAAUAGUUGAAAUGACAAACAACAGGCUGCAAGUAUUAGAAGACUACGUGUGGAAAAACGUUUUUAAUCAGCUGACAAAAUUGGAUUUUUCAGAUAAUCCUUUACAGUGUGAUGCUUCAUUGAAAUGGAUGCUGAGUUCCGUUAGCAAACCUGUUCUAUUUUAUGGAGAAUGUGAAACUCCAGAAAAGAAUAAAGGAAAAUCGAUAAAACGUAUAAGGAAAGAAGACUUGGACUAGUUCCUCUAUUUGGAAACUACAUAUAUAAAUAAAUAUUAUUUAGAUUUAA